AUGCGCAAAGGCGCUGCCACGGUAGAGCCGGAAAGCAAGGUGAGCAAGCUCCACGCGAAACUGUCGAAAGACAUUCGUAAAUUUCGAACGGAGAGCAAUGGCAUGUCCGUCAAGAUUGGCCAUCACCGGGAGGAAUGUCGCGGUGUGUGGGAUUGGCGCGUUGGCAACGUAGUGCAAGUAGACGAGUAUCGGGACUUCAUCUUUCCAGAUCCGCCGAAGAGUACUUUAUCUAGAUCUAUUUGAAUGAACUCUAUUUCGCGACAUCACGACAGAGAAUACGAAUUAUAAGAGACGCCUUAUUAUCUUUCUCAGUGCACUUCCUUGCACAACAAGUAUAUGUAUAUUAUCGAUGCGCUUUGGUGCUCAAAGCACAAGGAAGUAUGCAUGCUCUUUCUCAUCAUCAACGCCAAUUUCAUGUCUUUGCUAAAAAACACCACUGCUGACGACGAAGAAUGUCACGCAUUGUGUAUUUACAUCAACGUUCUGGUACUAAUCAUCAAUGAAUUUUCAUCACACUCGCUAUUUCAUCACAGAGAGUUCGAUGGACCCUGAGCUAAUUCGGAAUAUGCUGCAAUAUUUUCGAGGGCCUCCAGUGCUCCUGAAGUACAAGGACGUUGAGGGCUCAAAAACACGAGUUAAGGAGGCCGAUGGUACUCUGCGUCUGCAGUGAUACGCUUCCACUCUGCGUCUGCAGCCAUGGCAGGUUUCAGCCCAUUCUUAGCUGUGCAGGAGUAAAGACACUGGAAGCACCUAGCGCGUCGCUCAAAGGCGCUCGAACUCAAUGCGAUGCGUUCGCUUUUUUGCUUGCGUUGGCGAGAAGCCUCUUUGCCCAAAAUGUAGAUGCAGCAGUCAGCAAAUUGAUUCCGACUUCCCCCCUCCGCUUCGGUCUAAAUUCCCCGUACACAUAGAGCCUCGAAUGCGCCUCAUGAAAAUAGGACAAGUAGUACUAGAGGCUCGCUCGCCGUAGUAGAGUGGUUCUGCUAGUGGACGUGGAGGAUGGUUCUCUAUUAUUCCGGGUUAGGCCCUAACAUCAGAUGACGAGAGUUAGUUGCAACGGUAGGCGUAUGGGUAGCUUUGCUCAUAUUAUGACUCUGUUGCGCUUUCGAGGCUCGUGAGCAGCAGCUUCGCAAACGAGGACGGGUGAAUACACUAUCGAUGUACCGCGUCCGCGACCAGUACCAGCAGAGAUGAUGAUGAUGCUUACAUGACUAAAAUCUAACAUUAAUGAUCAAAAAAUUUGAAGCAUUGAUUAGCAUUUUUGGAUUUUUUUAGGAUUGAUGACGGCGAGGGGUACGACUAGGGAUGCCAGUCAAUCAAAAUCCCCAUGGUCAUAGCCCCUUUCGUCGCUAAUAUUAGUAAGAUCAUCUUGAAAAUCAGUACAAGACUUGUUCAUGUUGAGUUUGCGUUACUUUUCAUUUUCUUAAAGUUGAAUUGCGCAUCUUUCGAGCUCCCGGAGGUAAAAGAACAGUGCCACUUAAUACCACGUCGCAUCCAUCCUGCAGGUGCGACAUAGGUGACAUGAUAAAUGACAUGAGAGUAGAUCUAGAUAGCUUUGUAUAAGUAUAUGUAUCAUGCUUUAUUCUUAUUGCGCAACAAGCGAUCCUCGUAGACUUUGCUUCUUUUUAACUCCGAACUUACGUCGAUGGAUAUUGAGUCUUCAUGUCCCCUGUGCUUCUUCUUCCACCCUAGACUAAACACCCAAGUCCUUAGCCACACACCCAAAUCCUGAACCACAUUCCCUUCUCUGCUUUUCUGAUUUUCUUUCAUUUUGGCUGGUGCUCCGUAGUUUCUCUGUCUUACUCUUUGUGAGAACUACUGAUCCCCGUUUACCUUAUCACCAGUGCUGUCCUUUCGCUUUCCUGCCAUUUUCCAAAUUCGGCCUUCAGCGUUUCCGAUGAGUAAUCGACUACUUCGAUGUAUAAAUACCAGUGAUAUCUCUAUCCUUGAGUAAUCGACUACUUCUAUCUCUAUCUCUAUCCUUCGUUCGUUUUUGGUAAUCGUAGUGAGCGCUGGAAGGAUAAUGAAUAUCGUUUUCCCUUGCUUGUAUCCUAUAUCUUGUAUCAAGAAGAUAAUCUCUAUACUAACUUACUAAGCCAGUGUGUGCACGAAAUCCUCGUUUAUUGCCACGACCAGGGUCACCUGCUUGAUGUCAUAUAUCCGCAUGAGCAUAUGAUUGCUUGACUUGAUUUUGUGUCAACGGGAGAACAGUCAUUUUUUGACACACUGCUGGAACUGUUUUGUCCCGCUAUUAGGCUAGUACUAGUAGUACUAAAUGGGGCACCAUGAUGAUGAUCGACGGGCCCUUCGUCGUCUGUCCGAAUCCGAUGAAAGCGAGGAUGAAUGCAUUGGAAAAAAAUAAAAAGUGUUGAUGUAGUCUGCGACGCAAGGUGAUGCUGAUAUUUAAGAAUUGAAACAUUUCAUAUUUGUACGCAUGAUUUGGCACAUUUCAAGAAGAAACGUGUCAAAUAUGUAGGGCAAAUAUGAAUUGUUUCAACCUUUAAGAUAUGGCGACUUGUAAACGAGCAAGGUUCACACCGUCAUUCCUCGUCCAUGAUCUGAAAGCACGACGACGCUCCCAAC